AUCAUGUCCAUUAGGUACUAAGUGGCCUCAGGAACUCUUGUUCAUAACAUUCUAACGAAGAAGAUGGUACUCUCUAGCACUGAUGAUUUUCAGGUCACAGUGGAGAAAAGUUAUGACAAAAUGAGUGAAUUAAAAGCCUUUGAUGAUACUAAGGCUGGUGUCAAAGGGCUUGUUGAUGCUGGAAUCACUAAAAUACCUCAAAUAUUCAUUCUACCACCAAAAAACAGGACGGAGUUAUCGGAUACAAAUGAAACACAAUUCAUUUUCCCUGUAAUAGAUCUUGAAGGCAUCGACGAGGACCCAAUCAAGCAUAAAGAGAUUGUGGACAAAGUUCGAGAUGCAUCGGAGACAUGGGGUUUCUUCCAAGUGGUGAAUCAUGGGAUUCCAACAUCUGUCUUGGAAGAAAUGCUACAAGGAACACGGCAGUUUUUUGAGCAAGAUGUCGAGAUUAAGAAACAGUAUUACAGUAGAGAUACUACGAAAAGAGUGAUUCAUACUAGCAAUUUUGAUUUGUAUAGCCCUUCUGUUCCAGCUGCAAAUUGGAGAGACACACUUUUCUGUUUAAUGGCUCCUGAUCCUCCCAGUCCACAAGAAUUGCCAACAGCAUGCGGAGAAAUACUAAUGGAGUACUCUAAGGAUGUGAUGAAAUUAGGCUUCUCCUUACUUGAAUUAUUAUCAGAAGGUCUUGGUCUCGAUCGUUGCCAUCUCAAAGAUAUGGAUUGCGCGGAGGGGCUAGGUAUUUUGGGACAUUACUAUCCAGCAUGCCCUCAGCCAGAACUCGCGAUAGGUACCAACAAACACUCUGACAAUGAUUUUAUCACCGUACUUCUACAAGAUCAUAUCGGAGGACUUCAAGUGCUUCAUCAGAAUCAGUGGGUUAAUGUUCCUCCUACACCUGGUGCUCUUGUUGUGAACAUCGGAGAUCUUCUUCAGCUUAUAUCAAAUGACAAGUACAUAAGUGUUGAGCACAGAGUAUUGGCAAAUAAAGUUGGACCAAGAAUAUCAGUAGCAUGCUUCUUCUACACAGGUUCAAUGCCAUCUUCCAAGCUUUAUGGACCGAUUACUGAAUUGUUAUCGGAAGAUAAUCCUCCAAAAUAUCGCGCAACCACAGUGAAAGACUACCGUGACUACUUCCGUAAAAAAGGCCUAGAUGGAACUUCUACAUUGUCACAUUACAGGAUCUAAUCCUAAUGUAACAAUUCAAUUUAUGAUAAGAACUGAGAACUUUACUUUCGAUGCUUGUUUGGAUGGUUAUUACCUAUUGUAUUGUAUCAUAUUGUUACUUUAAAUACAAUGUUUGUUUGUAUUGUUACUUAA